AUGGAUACAGAGAGAGAACACUUAUUUCGAUUUCCCCUCAUCAAACUUCCUAACUCCAGAACGGUGCGCACCAUCGUGGAGUGUGCCGCAGGGGCGUUUUAUGCUCUUGGAUUCUGGCUCAUUAUGGACGCUUCUAUUUACAGCAAAACAGUCAACGGAUCGGUGGUCCACGUGACCUUUGUGGACUGGAUUCCAUUUCUUUGCUCGACUUUGGGAAUGUUGGUUGUUAACUCCAUCGACAAGACUCAGUUAUUCAAUUCAGACGCAUUUGGGCAGGGAAUGCAAUGGCAAGCCAGACUUGUCUUAUUCGUGGGGUUUUCUCUAUUGGCUGUUGGAGUUGCAGGCUCAUUUUUGGUGUUGAUUUUGAAAUUCUUGAUUAAAGGUUACGAUACAAUGCCUACUUUAGGUAUGGGCAUAGAGAAUGUAGGUUCGAACAUGUGCGUUAUGUUGAGUUGUACUUUAUUAUGGAUUAUACAAAAUCUUGAGGAGGAUCAGACUUUGUCGUUGUAA